GAGGCCGCUUCCCCGGCACCUGGGAGUGGGGCGCGGGGACGCGCAGCACAGGGCGGGCGGAGCGCGCGCUCGCCAUGAGCUCGGCGGGCGGUGCAGAGCGGGCGUGCUGAGCCCCGGCCGCCGGCCCGGCAUGGGCGUCUCCCGCGGGCCCACCGCCGGCCGGGGCUAGGGCCGGAUGGAGCCGCGGGACCCCAGCCCCGAGGCCCGGAGCAGCGACUCGGAGUCGGCCUCCGCCUCGUCCAGCGGCUCCGAGCGCGACGCGGGUCCCGAGCCGGACAAGGCGCCACGGCGCCUGACCAAGCGGCGCUUCCCCGGGCUGCGGCUCUUUGGGCACAGCCCACACCCAGAGAUCCCCAGCCACCCUGUCCGUCCACAGGGCUUCCAGCAGAAGUUCACUUUCCACAGCAAGGAGAUCGUAGCCAUCAGUUGCUCCUGGUGCAAGCAGGCAUACCACAGCAAGGUGUCCUGCUUCAUGCUGCAGCAGAUUGAGGAGCCCUGCUCCCUGGGGGUGCAUGCGGCUGUGGUCAUCCCACCCACCUGGAUCCUCCGGGCCCGAAGGCCCCAGAAUACCCUCAAGGCCAGCAAGAAGAAAAAGAGAGCAUCCUUCAAGAGGAGAUCCAGCAAGAAAGGACCUGAGGAAGGCCGAUGGAGACCCUUUAUCAUCAGGCCCACCCCAUCCCCUCUCAUGAAGCCCCUGCUGGUGUUUGUGAACCCUAAGAGUGGGGGCAACCAGGGCGCUAAGAUUAUCCAGUCUUUCCUGUGGUAUCUGAAUCCUCGACAAGUCUUUGACCUGAGCCAGGGAGGACCCAGGGAGGCGCUGGAAAUGUACCGCAAAGUGCAUAAUUUGAGGAUUCUGGCUUGCGGGGGUGAUGGCACGGUUGGCUGGAUUCUGUCUACCCUGGACCAGCUGCGCUUAAAACCACCUCCCCCUGUGGCCAUCCUGCCCCUGGGUACUGGCAAUGACCUGGCCCGCACCCUUAACUGGGGUGGGGGUUAUACAGAUGAACCUGUGUCCAAGAUCCUUUCCCAUGUAGAGGAAGGGAAUGUGGUACAGCUGGACCGCUGGGACCUGCGAGCAGAGCCCAACCCUGAGGCAGGACCUGAGGAGCGAGAUGAUGGAGCCACUGACCGGCUGCCCCUGGAUGUCUUCAAUAACUACUUCAGUCUGGGCUUUGAUGCCCACGUCACCUUGGAGUUUCAUGAGUCUCGAGAAGCCAACCCAGAGAAGUUCAACAGCCGCUUUCGGAAUAAGAUGUUCUAUGCUGGGACGGCCUUCUCUGACUUCCUGAUGGGCAGCUCCAAGGACUUAGCCAAGCACAUCAGAGUAGUGUGUGAUGGAAUGGACCUAACCCCCAAGAUCCAGGACCUGAAACCCCAGUGCAUCGUUUUUCUGAACAUCCCCAGGUACUGUGCAGGCACCAUGCCUUGGGGCCACCCUGGGGAGCACCAUGACUUUGAGCCCCAGCGGCAUGAUGAUGGCUACCUCGAGGUCAUCGGCUUUACCAUGACGUCCUUGGCCGCACUGCAGGUGGGUGGGCACGGCGAGCGGCUGACCCAGUGCCGAGAAGUGCUGCUCACCACGGCCAAGGCCAUCCCUGUGCAGGUGGAUGGUGAGCCCUGCAAGCUUGCAGCAUCACGUAUUCGAAUCGCCCUGCGCAACCAGGCCACCAUGGUGCAGAAGGCCAAGCGCCGGAGUGCUGCUCCAUUGCACAGCGAUCAGCAGCUGGUUCCCGAGCAGCUGCGGAUCCAGGUGAGCAGGGUCAGCAUGCACGACUAUGAGACUCUACAUUAUGACAAGGAGCAGCUCAAGGAGGCCUCUGUGCCUCUGGGCACUGUGGUGGUCCCUGGAGACAGUGACCUAGAGCUCUGCCGUGCCCACAUCGAGAGACUCCAGCAGGAGCCCGAUGGUGCAGGAGCCAAGUCUCCAGUGUGCCACCAGCUGUCCUCCAAGUGGUGCUUCUUGGAUGCCACCACUGCCAGCCGCUUCUACAGGAUUGACAGGGCCCAGGAACACCUCAACUAUGUGACGGAGAUUGCCCAGGACGAGAUUUAUAUCCUAGACCCUGAGCUGCUGGGGGCAUCAGCCCGGCCUGACCUCCCCACCCCUACCUCCCCGCUCCCUGCCUCCCCCUGCUCCCCCAUACCCCGGUCACUGCAGGGGGAUGCCGCACCACCUCAAGGUGAAGAGCUGAUUGAAGCCGCCAAGAGGAAUGACUUCUGCAAGCUCCAGGAGCUACACCGAGCAGGAGGAGACCUCAUGCACCGGGACCAACAGAGCCGCACACUCUUGCAUCACGCGGUCAGCACUGGCAGUAAGGAAGUGGUCCGCUAUCUGCUGGACCAUGCACCUCCGGAGAUCCUCGAUGCGGUGGAGGAGAACGGGGAGACCUGUCUACACCAGGCAGCCACCCUGGGUCAGCGCACCAUCUGCCACUACAUUGUAGAAGCCGGGGCCUCCCUCAUGAAGACAGACCAGCAGGGUGACACUCCCCGGCAGCGAGCUGAGAAGGCUCAGGACACAGAGCUAGCUGCCUACCUGGAAAACAGACAGCAUUACCAGAUGAUCCAGCGUGAGGACCAGGAGACGGCUGUGUAGUUAAGGGGACCAUGGAUCAGCGAGGGCCACUACCAGAGGACGGGAGCUCUCCUUGCCCAGCUCACUGCCACAUUCCUGUCGGAUGGCCAUGGGGGCAACCCCUGAGAAGCCGCUCAAAUCUAGGGCUGGACUCUGAGGAGCUGGACUCUCGCCUGUCCUUGGGUUCAUGGGGAACAGGAGACAGGCUGGGCUGGCUGGGUCCCUUCAGGGCAGCCUUCCCCUGACCACAGCAGAUGGAAGGAAGGGCAGGAAGGAGCCCGCACGACAGGGAGGCUGCUCUCAGCAGGGUGUUUGAGAGCCAACUGGUCCUUUGGGCUGUCUUCUGGGCGCCUAGCCCUUCCCUCUGACCCACCCACCCUGGGCCUCCCAGAAACUCAAGAGCCUGCUGUAUUCACCUGCCCGCCGCCCUGCUUGGCACCUACCCUGGUGAUCCUCAUGUACCCAGUCAUUUCAUUUCGGACUGUAUGGCCUGGGGUGGGGGUUGGGGCUCCCAUGGCGACUUGUUUACAGCUGGGUGUGACUCAGUAAAGUGAAUUGUUUUUCCUU